GCAGUGCACUCAGCUGCUUGGAGAAACAGGCUUGCCUUAAAGCAAAUGCUUUAUCCGGCAAUCUGGAGGUCUAAUUUAGGCAAGAUGGUGGUUCUCCCUCCCUCCUCUUAACACGUCACGGGGUACUUACACCAGAAAGGAAAUGUGUCAUCUCUGUGGUUUAGUUCUCUAAAUGGAGAACUAAACACCACGUUUCAGAGGCACAUUCACUUUCAAUGCAUAAAACACCCCCACCUUCUAGGCUCCAGAAUCUAGAGUUUGCCACUGUAAGGCAGACAAAAUAUUGAGGCGCAGUUAGCUAGCGAAUCACAGACCUUCAAAGUCAAACCCUUUGCUGACCUCUCCUCCAGGAAGCAAACGUCCCCAUAAACAUGAAACUGAUGGGCAACUCUCACAUGGAUCUGGGUUUCCUUUGGCGGGCCAUCUUGCUAUUUCACAUACAAGUAAAAGCAGACACUACCACAACUCUUUUGACGACAACAGAAACUCCCACCGUCCCUACAACUCAAACCCCAACACACACCAGUGGGGCUCUUACAACAUUGCCUUUGGGGGAGACGUCUACUUAUACAACACAGAUAAGCACCUUCGAAUCGACAUCCACAACGCAACCAACUACCUUUAGUUGGACAUCCUUAGGGCAAACACCCACCUCUCAGUCCUCAUCGAAGACAUCAACCGCCCCGCAAAUGCCCUCAACGCUUGCACCAGAAGUGCCCCCAUCUCCCUACACCGGUAAUGGUACAGAUCAAGAACUCGCAACUCCUAGUCAGGAUCAAAUGAAAGCUGAACUCUGCGAAGAGAACAGCAAAAGGCUAAUACUGAUUUGCCUCAUCAUCAUUGGGGUGCUUAUCUUCAUUUGUGUAUGUCUGCUGGUGGCCACUGUUGCAGUGGCAAACAAACUCUCCUAUAUGAAGAGAAGGCAGCCAAGCAAGCGCCCCCUCAGGAGCAACGGCGAUUUCCUCACCACAAAUAGCUUGUGGCCAGCUGGAUUAGAAACGUUGCAGAGGAUGACCAAUGAGGCAGCAGCAGCAGAGCUGAUGACACAAAGAACGGGGUCGGAGAGAACAAAAGCGGGACAAGGGAAAACUGGCGAAGAAGCUAGCAAGAAACUAGCAAGUGAACUGGCAGACAGGCAGAAGCUCAAGGAGGUGUCAGCAAAGCCACCCAGCAGCACCACAACCAUCAUUUAGAUUCAAGCAUCAUGCAGACACCCAAAAAAGGUUGGGGGGGGGGGGAGAACUUGAAGGCUAUGCACCACCAAUGCAGAUGCAGUGGGUUUCCGGGAAGUAAUGAACUUUCCAGGUUGGAAUUCCAUAGCGAGCUAUUACCAGAGGUAAUUGUCCACGUUGCUUCAAAAAUCAAGCUGUCCACAGCUCCUGAAAUGUGGGCGACUUGUAAGAAAGUUCAAAUGCUUCACGUGCAAGGAGGCAGGUGAAAAACAGAGCAAAUGCGAGGCUGGAAGGGGAAAUGUCCCUUUGCCACCCACACAUAACAACAAGGAUGGCUGAGAGGUGGAGUCAGUCUUUGCGAGGAAAGCCUUCCACAAAUGUAUGCAUCGUAUCCCUGCUCAUUUUCCUUACAUUAGAACACUGGGUCUCAGCACAGGAAAGCAAUGCCACAGAGGUGCUGCAAGCUCUUCCCUGCCUGCUUUGUCUCCCUGCCCCAAGCUACCCGGGUGCAUCCUGACUGGACUAAUACAGCAGAAUGCCUCCACCAGCUGUUCAUGUCUUAAGACUGCAAGAGGCUUGUGUAAACUCCUCAUCUCCCAAGCCUCUAUGCUGCUUUAUUAACACUGCAGAACCAUUGGGUCUAUUUCUGGCAAACACCCCAAAAGAUUCUGUGCAACUACAUGAGCUCCACCUCCCUCCCAAUUCUCUCUGUUGAUCUUUAUUUAAUACCUGUGUACCAACAAGAGAGAGACAAGGAAAAAAAUCCCAGAUCAAUCACCCCUCCUUUGUUCAGUCAAGUGCUUGGGAGGAACCUGAUCAUGGCUAGCAAAAUGCCAAGUUUCUUGCUUGGGGUGGAAUAUCUACGCCAUACUUCCUGUCCCCAUCCCUUAAUGCGGGAGCCGGUGUACCAGGAAUUCCCCUCUGUUAGGUUGAUUUAAAUGAACUGAUUACAAUCAAGGUCUGUUCUCAGCUUCUGUAAUACUGUUCCUUGUAAGUAAUGAAAUAAAGCAGGCUUCUUGGGGUUUCCUUUUAC